AUGAAUAUGCUGCCUCAGAGCUGUCAACCGCCACCAUCUCCACCAGACAGUGAUAAAUCAAGCUGGCUGACCACGGAUCCGAAGCCCUCGCACGUGGCCAUGGUCAUUGGCGGACGAUUGACACGGCAAAACGAGUUCUUCAUCCCGGGCGAUGGCAUCGACGGCGGGGUUUUGGCAGAAGAGCUUCCUCUAUAUCUCGGUAAUGACGUCUCACAGAGGCCGGGGACAUGUGGUGACAAGGAAACCGGCCGCCUCGUCCAGGGCUACUUCAUCACAGCCUACAGAGCACUUACCACUGCCAUGCUGGUUGACAUCAAAGCCGACUCUGCCAGACGGGAACAGGAGCGGGCCCAGUUUCAGAGAGCCACCAGCCACACCGACUGCACUACAGACCAAAAGAUUCAGAACUGGCGAGACGCCUUCACACCGCCGUGCGGGCCCAUUUAUGAGACAUAG